UGACUUUGAAGGCAGCCCUUUGUCGUCAUAGCAAGUCAUUUUCUUAUUUCUUGUUGUUAUCUUUGCAUUUACCGAUAUAUUUUUGCUUCUUCAUUUCAAAAACCUAAUUUUUCCACUCCUCCAAAAACUUCUUACUAUAUUAUUCAUUUAGGGAAUUUAGAUUCUAAAUAUACCAUCUUAACUAGAGAUUCUAUCACAAGAGACAUUAUGUCCUUGAAAUGUUUAUGUUGUUUUCUUUCUAAUGAAGAAGAGCAUGGCCAAAGAAGGAAUGUUGAUGACAAGAAAAAUACUGUUAGGGACUAUCCAUGGGACAGAUACACCUUGAAGGAGUUGCUUCGCGCAACAAACAAUUUUCAUCAAGAUAACAAGAUUGGAGAAGGUGGAUUUGGAAGUGUAUAUUGGGGUCAAACAAGUAAAGGCGUCGAGAUUGCUGUGAAGAGGUUGAAGACAAUGACUGCAAAAGCAGAGAUGGAAUUUGCAGUUGAAGUGGAAGUACUUGGAAGGGUGAGGCAUAGGAAUUUGUUAGGAUUGAGGGGAUUCUAUGCAGGUGGAGAAGAAAGGUUAAUUGUGUAUGAUUACAUGCCUAAUCAUAGUUUACUCACUCAUUUACAUGGUCAACUUGCCUCUGAUUGUUUACUAGAUUGGUCUAGAAGAAUGAGCAUAAUAAUUGGUGCAGCUGAAGGUUUAGCGUAUUUGCACCAUGAGGCAAAUCCUCACAUAAUUCAUAGAGACAUAAAAGCAAGCAAUGUUCUUCUAGACACAGAGUUUCAAGCCAAGGUAGCUGAUUUUGGUUUUGCAAAGUUAAUACCAGCAGGUGUAAGCCAUUUAACAACAAGGGUUAAAGGUACACUUGGUUAUUUAGCACCAGAAUAUGCUAUGUGGGGUAAAGUUUCUGAGAGUUGUGAUGUUUAUAGUUUUGGAAUUUUACUUUUGGAAAUUAUAAGUGCCAAAAAACCAAUUGAAAAACUACCUGGUGGAAUAAAAAGAGACAUUGUUCAAUGGGUCACACCUUAUGUACAAAAGGGUGUUUUUAAGCAUAUUGCUGAUCCAAAAUUGAAAGGAAAUUUUGAUUUAGAACAACUGAAAUCAGUGAUUAUGUUAGCUUUGAAGUGCACUGAUGGUAGUCCUGAGAAAAGGCCUAGCAUGGAAGAGGUAGUGGAAUGGCUUAGGGAUGGUGUCUCAAAGAAAAAGGGUGAUGAUGAAGGAAAUGAUGAUAACUAUGAAGAGUUUGUAACAAUGCAAACCAAUAAUUUGAAAAUAAUAAGUGAUAAUGAUAGGCGCAAGAUGAGAUGAUUUUUUUAGUUUCUACUUGUCCUUGUUGAAAUUUAAAAUACAUCUUUGAGAAAAACUAAGAUGAAAAAUUAUUAUAUUUGUAGGUAACUUGUUGGCCUUAAUCAUCUUUAUUGUAUUUAAUUUAAUUUCUAGUUGUCUGAAUGGCCGUAUUAGAUUAUGACUUAUGUAUAUCUACCAAAUGUCAAGGUUAUAUAUACAAUAUAUAUAAUUCAUUUUGUUA